GCCUCUCCUGCAAGAGGUACAAAUGUCACAUGACCCCAUUUCCUCACUGUUGCCCUGACAGAUUCAAACUCCAUUUCCUCAACAGUCAAAUUUGUCUCCACCUGCAUCUCCAACUGCCUCGUGCUUCUCUACGGGCCUGCAUUGUUCUCGCAGUUACUGUGGUUUGCCAGAAGGAUAAACAGGUGUUGAGAGGUCAUUCCCUUCCCAUCAUGCCGUGGGUGACAAACAGCACCAUACUAGACAACGCCACCCUCAACCUGUUUCAAAAUGUCAGCACCAGCGUCACCAUCUCGGUCAUCUACAUUGUGAUUAUGACCAUUAACUUGGUAGGAAAUGGUCUUUCCCUUUUUCUCCUGGUCUUCUACACCUCUCCAAAGACUCCUUCUAUCAUCUUCAUGAUCAAUCUCAAUCUCACCGAUUUGGCCGUCGGAUUUGCGCUGCCCUUCCAGGUUGUCUACCAGCUCCAAAGAUACAACUGGACACUAGGAGACAAAAUGUGCAGGUUCAUGACCCUCAUGUUCUUCACCAACAUGUACUGUUCCAUCCUGACCAUGACCGCCAUUGGUGUUGAUCGCUACCUGGGCAUCGUCAAGCCGAUGGUCUUCAGACGGAUUAGACAAAGGAAGGUUGUUGCCGUUUUCAGCUGCAUCCUCAUGUGGGUGUUGGUUUUGAGCAUUCUGUACCCACUGAUGACCACAGACCUGACCUUCAUCAUUCCUGAACUGGGGAUCACCACCUGCUUUGACGUGCUGAAGAAAGACAUGCUCCCUUCCACGUUAGCGUGGGUAGCCUUCCUCUUCACCUUAGUGUUCAUCCUCUUCCUCUUCCCUUUCUGCAUCACCACGUUCUGCUACGUGAGCGUCAUAUGUAAACUGUCCAGAGACUCCAAGACGGAGCAGAAGGAGAAAGCCAAACGUCUGGCUGUCAUCGUUCUCCUGGUCUUCACCAUCUGCUUUGCUCCCAACAACAUCCUGCUCCUGGUCCACAGUGUGCUGAGGCUCUUCUACAACGAGACCAUCUACAUGGCCUACAAACUGUCUCUCUGCUUCAGCUGCCUCAACAGCUGUGUCGAUCCCUUCAUUUACUACUUUGCCUCCAAAGAGUUCAGACAAAAGCUACGGCAGAUUAUGAAACUGCAGACCAGCAGCAGCAGCGACUCCAAGUUGGAGCACAGGGAGAGCCAGCGCUCCACGAACUGUGGUUAUGGUGAUCACGAGGGAGAAUACAGCAAAAUGUCCUUAACACAGACUCACCAUCAUUUACGAUAAAGGGAAAUAUACUCAACAAAAAUAUCAAGGCAGCACUUUUGUUUUCGCUCCCAUUUUUUAUGAGGAGGUGAAGUAAAAGAUGUGAGACGUCUGCAGUGCACAGAAAAGCUUAUUUUAAUGGAAUACUGGUCACACAUUUAAGUUAAUUCAUCCACCUGGCUGAUGUUGCACAUUGAGACACCGAUUAAGCAGCAUGAUUUUUGCACAAAUGUGCCUUAAGCUGGUCAAAGUAAAAGUCCAUUAGAGUGAAGCCAAUUUUGACUUCAUGGGUACCAUUUUAUGGGACUAAACAACAUUUACAAUCUGCUCUCAGUGUACCAUGGCUGACCCAAAUGUAUGGUGGCCAUUCCAGGGUGGCAGCUACAGCCAGGUAGUGGUCAAUGAAAAAUAACACAGGGGUCAAACUUUAAAAAUGCUCCAAUCAUGGACUUCUGGUGAAGCGGGUGUCCAACAUGGCCGGGUAGUGUCACUGCUGCGGAGCCGCUCACCUUCCUCCCCCUUAAAAAAUGAUGAUGGAUAUACUUUAAACACUGAAACUAUUUGCCGGGGGAAGCACAACUUUAUUUUAUUAUGCCACAAGUCCAGAAAACUCUUACGCAGUACAGUUUAAGGAGCCUCGCAUGACAGACGGAGGGAAACACGUUGACAACAUGGCGGCUACUCCAAAACCAUCCCAGAUGGACACCGCAACCGAGGUAACGACCAUUAAAGUGUUGCUACAGAAUAUCGCUUCUGAUAUGACUGGGUUAAAAUCGGGUAUGGAUGCAGUUCAGGCAGCGGUGGAUAACCUGGGAGCUCGGGUGACGGAAGCUGAGACUCGAAUAUCAGACCUGGAAGAUCAAAGUCAGAACCUGGAUGCCACAGUCGGCACGGCGACCUCGAGGACGCCGGCUGCCGCAGUAACAUCCGUAGAGUUGGAAUAGAGGACGGCGCCGAAGAGCGAGACAUCAGAAUCACCUUUAUUGUCAUUGUAAUUUGCAUUACAAAGAGAUUUCAGUGUAACUCCAAAAAGGUGCUUUCCGUGGUGUGAGUAAUUUUUAGCCAAAUAAAAGAUAGUGAAAUUUAACAGUAAAUUACUGCAGAAGACAUGCAGAAGUUCAUGGCAGAAGUUCUGCAUAUUGAAAUGGGCCCGGAGUUUGAAAUUGAGCGCGCCCACAGAGCAGGUCAGCGGGGCAACCGAGCCCGGCAUGUCCUGGUACGUUUCCUGAGGUUCGGAACCAAAGAGACGGUGCUGCACGCAGCUCGGGAGAAGGAGCGAGUGGAAUGGUGAGGAAAGAGGAUUUUUUUGUUCAGGAUCUUUCCCAAGAUGUUAUACAGAAGCACAAAAAAUUUGACAGAGUGAAGAGACAGCUUCAGGAGAAAGGCCUUCGUUACUCUAUGUUGUACCCGGCCGUGCUGAGACUUGUGGCGGACAACAUCCGACACACCUUCACCUCUCCUGAGGAGAUGACGGAUAUAUUAUUUAUUUCCAAGAGAGCCGGAUAAAAAAUGCCGCGGGGACAGAGAGGAUGGUACCGCUUACAGCUUCAUUUAAACAAACUGUUACGUGAGUCAUUCGGUUUUCGUUAUUAAACACACAGUCAUGCUCAGGUUUAUAUGGUUCAAUGCUGGAGCAAAGCAGUACAGUUGUGGUUUUAUUACUUUUCUCACAGUUAAAAAUUACUUUCCACGCGCAACAGGUAUUUUAUCUUCCUAAUCCUUUACCUCUUCUGGACUGGAAAAAUUAAUGAGGACAUUAAUGUGGUAAAGAGACAGACUCAGACUCACUUUUAUUGUCACUCGACCCUUAGAGGCAGAACAAAAUGCAGUUUCUCCAGGUCUUGGUGUAGUUAACUGGGACUUUUUUUUUUAAAACCUAGCCUGUAGUAUAAACUUUUGCAAUGUACAAUAUGCGCACCCCUGUGGCCAUAAAAUAUAAAGGGCACAGGGUUGGCAGCAGCAGCAGCAUUAGAGUAUUAAGAAGGUGACAAUGUGCAUGUUGUGCAAUGUUCACAGUUUGGUGGUGGAUGUUGAACUGUUCAUCAGUCUGACAGCGUUCAGGUAGAAGCUGUUGUUUUCAGUCUGGAUGUUUUUGCCCGGAUGCUGCACAGCCUCCUUCCAGAGGGAAGGGGUGUGAACAGACUGUGCACAGGGUGGGUGGAGUCUCAGAGGAUGUAGGUGACUUUGUCUCUACGUCUGGAGAUGUAGAUGUCCCCAAUGGGUGGUAAACUGCAUCCGAUAGUCCUCUGUGCAGACUUGAUAUGAUGGACAUUCAACCUGAUAAUACAAGUGUCAAACAUGUUGAUUCUUUUUACACUGAAUCAUAAGGAACCACUGGGGUUUUUUAUUUUAGUGGGGCUAUUUGAUUUUAUUGUAUUUGAAAGUCUGGCUAUUUGUACAAACUUAUCUUUCCCCUGGUGCUGUAAAUGAUGAUAUGAAUAUAUUGGGGAGGCGGGGGGUUGCGGGUUCCAGGUCGGGACUUCAGGAUUUUCACAGACGUACUAUUUUGUGUUUUGUUUUGGGGAUAAAGGAGCUAUCCUAUUUCUCUGUGGUUCUCAUAUGUUUGUUUUUUUUUCCUCUUUUGGCCUUUUUCUUUUUUUUCUGUGUACAUUACAGUCACAAUGAGACCAAGUUGCUUUCACAUGAUUUCACCUACAUGGAUUGGUUUUUCAAAGUUAAAUAUGAUGACUGAGAGUAGGUUAUAUUAAGAUGGUAGAUACAUUUAAAUUUCUUUCUUGGAAUGUCACUCGGGAGGAGCUCGGAGUCGAGCCGCUGCUCCUCCACGUCGAAAGGAGUCAGUUGAGGUGGCUCGGGCAUCUUUUCUGGAUG